AAGAAAACACAAGGCAGCGGGUAGAGCGUUAUGUUUUCUGGCUCUGUUUUCGGUUAUGCGCUUACUCCAAUGCCAUCGCCUAUUUUCAAACUCUCAGGCGUGUGACACGUGUCUAUGUAUCCCCAUCAUUCCUAUUUCCUGUUCAUCAAUUGUGGAGUAAUUCAUGAACGAUAUUGAUUGCUCGGUGCAUUUUUUUCAAAUAUAUAGAUUUGAAAUCUCUCUCACAGUAACUCGUCAAACAAGUGUCGUAAAAAGAAAAGCAAGGAUUCGCCAUGUCUGGCCCAGGGGUACGGUUGCACAUCCAAGAUCACCAUGUGGUGAUGGACAAUGGCAUACUCCAAGUUACGUUAUCAAAUCCCGAUGGGAUUGUCACUGGGAUACGAUUUAAUGGUGUUGACAAUUUACUUGAAGUUCUCAACAAGGAGUCUAAUAGAGGGUACUGGGACCUUGUUUGGAGUGCACCAGGAAGCAAAGGAAUCUUUGAUGUGAUUAAAGGAACAUGUUUUAAAGUUAUAGUUCAAAACGAGGAACAGGUCGAGCUUUCAUUCACAAGAAUGUGGGAUCCUUCUCUUGAGGGAAAGUUUGUCCCCUUAAAUAUUGACAAAAGAUUCAUAAUGCUCCGAGGUUCAUCAGGCUUCUACUCUUACGGAAUUUAUGAGCACUUAAAUGGAUGGCCAGAUUUUGAUCUUAGUGAAACGAGGAUCACUUUCAAGCUUAGAAAAGACAAGUUUCAAUACAUGGCUAUGGCAGACAAUAGGCAAAGGAUUAUGCCUUUUCCAGAAGAUCGCUUGCCUGGAAGAUGCCAAACCUUGGGCUACUCAGAAGCUGUCCUACUAGUCAAUCCCAAGGAUCCACGAUUGAAAGGAGAGGUGGAUGACAAGUAUCAAUAUUCAUGUGAAAACAUACAUAAUCAAGUUCAUGGGUGGAUAUCUUUCAGUCCACCAGUGGGAUUCUGGCAGAUAACUCCUAGUGAUGAGUUUCGUUCUGGUGGACCUGUCAAACAGAAUUUGACCUCACAUGUAGGCCCCACAACACUUGCAAUGUUUCUUAGCGGUCACUAUGCGGGACAAGAUUUGGUGCCCAGAUUUAGAGGUGGUGAACCAUGGAAGAAGGUUUUUGGUCCUGUAUAUAUUUAUCUUAAUUCUGGAUCAACUGGUGACGACCCACUUUGGCUAUGGGAGGAUGCAAAAAUACAGAUGAUGAAUGAAGUUCAAAGUUGGCCAUAUGUUUUCCCAGCUUCAGAGGAUUUUUUAAAAUCAGAUCAACGGGGGAAUGUAAGUGGCAGAUUGCUUGUCUUAGACAGGUACAUCUGCACAGACUUAAUAUCAGCAAAUGGUGCUUAUGUUGGUCUGGCCCCACCCGGGGAUGCAGGGUCAUGGCAAAGAGAAUGCAAGGACUAUCAAUUCUGGACCAGAGCAGAUGAGAAUGGAUUUUUUACUAUUAGAAAUAUACGAGCAGGCGACUACAACCUUUUUGCUUGGGUACCUGGUUUUGUGGGGGACUACAGAUUUAAUGAUUUAAUGAGGAUAAUUUCAGGUUCUUAUAUGGAAUUGGGUGAACUUGUAUAUGAGCCUCCAAGGGAUGGUCCCACAUUGUGGGAAAUAGGUAUUCCUGAUAGAUCUGCUGCAGAAUUUUACGUUCCAGAUCCCAAUCCUCAAUAUAUUAAUAAGCUUUUUAUCAACCAUCCAGACAGGUUCAGGCAGUAUGGAUUAUGGGACCGGUAUACAGAAUUGUAUCCUGAUGCAGAUUUGGUAUACACAGUUGGUGUUAGUGACUAUACGAAGGAUUGGUUUUUUGCUCAGGCUCCCAGAAAAAGAGAGGAUAACACUCAUCAAGGAACAACUUGGCAAAUCAAGUUCGAAGUCAGUGGUGUGGUUCAGGGAAGUACAUACAAACUGAGAGUCGCACUUGCAUCUGCAACACUAGCUGAAUUGCAGAUUCGAGUAAACGAUCCCAAUUCAAGGCGACCCCUAUUUACCAGUGGAUUAAUAGGAAGGGACAACUCAAUUGCAAGACAUGGAAUACAUGGACUCUAUUGGCUAUACCAUGUGAAUAUACCAUGUUCUCUUCUUAUUGAUGGCACGAAUACUAUAUAUUUUACGCAACCAAGAUGCACCAGUCCCUUUCAGGGGCUCAUGUAUGAUUAUAUUCGUUUGGAAGGGCCACCUUGUUUCAAAGCAGAAACUUAAGUCAACCUUGGGAAAUAAAUGCAUUUUCAUCAUAUUGGAACGUAUUUGUCUGACCAUUGUAUACCUAUUAUUAUAUUUCCUUUUCUGUAGUUUAUAGAGUGUACAAAGGUUCUGGAAUACCUUUACACGUAAUAAAUUCAUAUUUAUGUU